AUGUCGCUUCACCUUUUAGUUGGUCUAUCUUCAGGUUCUCAAAAGACAUCGCUUUCCCCGUUACCAUCAGCUGUAACCCAAUUGAAAAAAUCAAGCUUAUCAGAAAAUUAUGCAACAAAACUAUCCCAAAAAGAAAAAGAAGUUAUAGUAAAAUUAAUAUCUACUGCCACAACAACUCUUGAUAUAUCCAACAACAGUAUAUCAGAUGAAGGGGCAAAAGCAAUUGCAGAAGACUUGAAAACAAACCAAACAUUAACAACUCUUUAUAUCGAUGGCAACAAUAUAUCAUCUGUAGGCGCAAAAGCAAUUGCAGAUGCCUUGAAAACAAACCAAACAUUAAGAAUUCUUUAUAUCGGUGGCAACAAUAUAUCAGGUGAAGGGGCAAUUGCAAAAGCAAUUGCAGAAGCCUUGAGAAAUAAUAAGACACAGUCCACAGAAGUUUUUGGUCCUAUGGGUCCCAGCGGCCAUAAACGAACGAACUGCCCGCGGAUGAUAAUAAUCACACCAAGUAAACCUCUGUGUUCUGCUAUAUCAGUCUCCAUGACCAAUAAACCGGGUAUUCGAAUGUUACCUGUUGCAGGAGUUCAUGAAAUAUGA